AUUCCAAGCCCGGCACAGACUACCCUGGCAUUCAGUAUACCACCACAGCCCGAAAUGGGGCUUACCUUCCUGCCCCAACCGCCUCCAUCCAGGCCAAAAAAGCGCAGUCGGGCAGCAGCAGACAUAGAUGGCGAGCACUCUUGCCUACAGAAGAAGAAGCGCAGACUAAGACUGUUCCUCAUCACUUCUCGCUUGUCACCACAGUUCUCCCACCCAGCUACCAACAUUGUCGACCGAGGGAGCUCCAAGAUUGCAGUAUGGGCCAAGCAGAAAGCCCUUGGACGUAACCUCCUAAGGAAAGCUGCCAUUUUGAACCGUAUACGGAGACGAGCCGUCUCGGCUAGAGAAGUCGAGGACGGGCAUGGACGGGUACUCGUCGAGCAAGAGCGGGAGCAAGAGGAGCUUGAGUUGGCGAGGUUGGAGUUCGAGCAUGGUAGCGUAGACACGUACACGCGACCUGUCUUGUCACAGACGCAUUCCGUUCCCCCAGCUGCUGCCAUUCGGACAGGAGGUCAUUUCGUCAUCUCUGGAUCCCCAACCAGCUCUCCGUCUACAUCUAGGAGUCCAUCACCCACUGCACCUUCGCCACCACGAGGUAUUGCCGACGAAGAGGCCUCGGAGUAUCGCUCGCCAAACGAAGCCUACGCACACUCACCGCCGCGUGCUCAACUACCGAGGAGGGACUACCUUCCUUUACCACCGUCUCCACUUGGUCUAUCCAACUACGACGCCUUUGAUGUCGACGACGAGAUUCCGGAUCCGUAUGCACAUCUCGACGACGACGAAGAGGAUGAAGUGCCGUCGUAUCCAUUCGACGAAGAAGUAAAUGCCAACCCCUUCUCCCCCUCUACAGUCACAGUCACCUCUUCGACGACAGUGCAGACUGGCACCACACAGGCCGUCGAGACACCGCCACAAAGCGCGUAUUCAGACCUGAACGCCCUUGACCCAGAGGAGGCAGUGUUUGGCGACUACGACCAAGGUAGCGAAGGCGUUGACGCCGUUUGGCCC